AUGGGGAAUAAGAAAUCAUCUGGGUAUGCGAAAAAGCGUAAAUUGUCUAGCAAUCAGUUUCAAAAUAUGGUUAAAAAGCUUAGAGUUUCUGAUCAAGGUGAGACGAGCAAAGCAAAUACUUCUGCUUCCGCUCGAAAGAUUUCUGCUAGGAUUUCGACUGAACAUAAGGAAUCCAUAAAGGAGAGUGUGUCUGGUUUUCGUUUAGUCAAUAUGGAAAUUUUAAAAGACAUAUUCGAGCUUCUACCGUGUUCAAAUUGUCAAAAAUUUAACCUUGAAUUUCUUGAGGAUAAUGACAACCGGAUGGAAUGUGGUGGUCCUAUCUUUAAUAAUUUGAGGUGUUCUUCGUGUAAAUGGGAAAAUAAAUUCUAUACUUCGAAAUAGAAUAAAUCUGCUAUGAAAUAAACAGACAGAUGGUUUAUGCCAUGAGAUUUAUCGUUGCUGAUGUGCUGGAGCUAAACGAUUCUGUGGGCUGUACCGGCUGUUGAACAUGCCACCACCACAAAGACCCCUUCCUAUUCCUUGCACAACAAACCUCUACCUGAAAGUGCAAAGACUGUGUGUGAGAAAACAAUAGAAGAUGCUGCCAAAGAAAUUCAUGACAUAAAACAAAAGACAUCAAAUGAAGUUGUUGAUUGCGCAGUGUCGUGUGAUGUGGCAGUUGGCAAAGGAGAGGGUUUUAGUACCCUAAAUGUGUCGCGACAGUUUCCAUGGAUACCGGGAAAGUUUUGGACAGAGAGCCGCUCAGCAAAAUGUGUCACACAUCCAAAGACAUUGGAAACAGCAGCUGUAAAGGCAGAUCAUCUGCCAAAAUGCAAGUCUAAUUAAAUGCUGCAAGUAUUUUCAAUCGCUCUGUAGAAACGAACAAGCUACGGUAUUCUGAGUUUUAUGAAGAUACUUCGACGGGAGGGGGGAGAAGAAAAAAGGGGACAAAGAUAAAGCUGAAGAGGGAGAAACAUAGCCUCUGAGUGCAUUUUGACUGAAAGUAAAUAUACUCACUUAAUAAUGUUUUAAUACCUGUAUAUUUAGUGAUUUGUAUUCAAUGUAUGUUGUAGGCUAUCUUAAACGGUCGUUUUCUCAAAAUAGCAUUUUCGGUCAUCCAGAAAUCUUUUAAAAAGGAUAAUUCAAAAACAAUUUAACGAAAUGACCUGAAAUUUUCUAUGUGGUAAUAUAGAUAUCCUUUCUUGUUCCUGAACCUAAAAUAUUAUGUAUCUUGUGAAUAGAUCAUUAAACAACAGGAUUUGAAGCACCCCGCUGUGCUCUAAAAAUGGAUUUGCCCUAUUUUUUUGGUGGAAAAAACAAAUGCUACCAGGUUUUCUAGGUUCAUCCCCUAGAUGUUCCUUUUCUGAAUGUAGGAAUAAGAGUUAUUUGUUUUUUUAGCCCUUCUUUGGUUCUGUAUCCUUUUUAAAAAAUGGUGACUAAAAUCACAGUUGGGGGUCAUUAUUUUGGUUACUAUGGCAACAUAUGGCUCAAAAAGUAUGUUGUUGUGCUCACUUUAUCAGGCCCUUUCCAGUCAAAGUACUGGUGAUUGAUUUGCAGCUGUUUUAGCCAUAAAUGAAAUCAGGGUGGAAGACCACCAUUAAAAUAAAAUAUUGUUUAAUUUAAUUUAAAUUGUUUAAUUAUAUUUUUUCUAGAAACCUGAAGAUCUUGUUACAUCAAGCACCUCUCGUCAGACAGCAGAAACAAGUAGGUAUUAGUGAAGAACUUAAUUAAGAAGCCUAUACAAUAUGCUGUUACCAACCGUUCAACGACGAAUUAAAAUGCCAAAAAUAACCUACUUAGUAAAAAGUAGGUUAUAUAGCCACAAAAUGAUGGAGCGACUGCUGGACGUCAAAUUGCACGAGUUGAAUCGACAAAUUUUGAAGGGUUUUAGAUGUAUGUUAUAAAUAGUAAUUUAAACUACCACAAAAUAUUUGAGCGAGGGGUGGGGCGAGGGGAGGUACAACAUGAGUGUUAGAGGGGGCUUCGGGCUCCCCAGAUAAUUAAAAAAGGCCCUGGUUUUUCGCAGCGUCCCCUUUGCCUUCGAAAUUUCGACCCAUCAGUUAUUUCGAGUUUUUUAUUCGCGUUAAGUUGGUAUGUAUUGUACAUAAAAAGUCAUUUCCAUACUUCAACAUCGUUAGCAACAAUGCAAACUAAAAUUUAAUGAGACAAGGAAAGCAGAAUAUUAACGAACGAAAUAAAUAGUAAAUAACUAUACUAAAUAUGGUCACUGAAUAGAGAGGGCAAACUCGCCCAAAAUUUGAAUGUGUCCUGGCUUGCCUUAAAUACUGUAUUGCCCUACCCAACCAGGAACCACGGUAAUUUUCGGUAAUUUAUUCUUAUGCAACUCAGAUCAACGUGAUAGUACACAUUCCUCUCUCCAUUACCCUCAUUUAAUAAUACCUUGGAGAAGCACGAAAACGUACCUGACAAAAACAAGCAAAUCAGAACGUGGGCUGUCUUAAAACAGAAGGAACUCAACAAGCAUAUAUUCCUGUUUAUAUAUAACGAUAUCUGAACCCUUUGGGAUGGCCCGUGAAGUAUACUGACGGCAGUAAAGCAAGGACUCGUUACUCGGUCAGAUGAUUAACAAUUAUUCACCAAAGUAUACAUAAAUAGCGCAAGGAUACUUGUAGUUUUACCAUAUACCAUAACCAGACAAAAUAACAAAAAAAACCGACGAAAAUAAAGAAUUUGUAUUACAUUAACUACCGCAAUAGUUGUAAAUAAAAGGGUUAUUGGAAGUUUAUUAAUUUUAUUCACUAGAAUUAGUUUUAAAGAAUACUUCAACAAACUGCUGCAUGCUAAACAAAAUUUUGUGGCUUUCUUUGCGUUUCGCAGAAAUGCAAAUUCGUCUGUAAAGUAACCGGAAGUACACGGAGAGACCACUGCGUGAAAAACACUGUCCACCUCCAAAGUAUAUGUUAAUUGUCGAAGUCUACUGUUUUCUGGUACUCGAGCAGGAUCCUCAUUUGGAUUCAAUAUUUUUCUCCAAUUCCCUUACCUUAAUUAACCUUUAUUACUUUCAUUGGCCACUGUCCUUUCAUGUUGUUUUGGGAAAAACUAGCGCACUGUUAUGUGCUUUGGGAGAUUCAUUAUAUUUUGGCGAUAAUUGGCAUGAAGUUAUAAUGCAUUUGUAAUACGUGUAGGACCGUGCACGUUCGGUGAAGCACCAUUUGGAAUGCAGACUGGAAGGAUUCAGGACUCCCAGAUAACUGCUUCAAGUAUUCACGAUCCAACUUUAUCAACAACAAAAGGACGGUUGAAUAGCGCGACAUCCUGGUCUGCCCGUCAAAAUAAUCUGAGUCAAUGGAUUCAAGUUGAUCUUGGCCGGGAAGAAGUUGUCACAUCGAUUGGUACGCAAGGUCGGGGUGAUUAUCCCCAAUGGGUGGAGACUUAUUCUGUGUCUUAUGGUUCCAAUGGAAAUACGUUCGAGCCUUACAAAAUUGAUGGUGUUGUUAAGGUUAGAAAUAAUAAUUGGAGUUUUUGA